UAUAAAUAACCCCACCUCGCACAAGUUGUAGGCGGGUCCUUGUCUCUCCCCCGCCCGCGAGCUCUGCCUCAAAAACCAGAGGUUGAGGAAAUUCUCGGACGUAGACGCGUACACAACAACAGGAAGAAGCAUUACUAAUAUAACCCAAAAACCAAAAACAAAAUGUUAUGCUUCAGAUCAAACCCAUUGAAAAUUUUCCUUCUUUUUGUUUCCUUCUUUUUCUUCAUUUCUUUAACUUCCGGAAGCCCUGACCUUUUGAACAUUAUACGAACAACAGCUGUAGAGGUAGCUGGUGAGAGAGAGCGUGUUGGGAUCAAUGGGGUGGCGACAUGGCCAUUGGACACACGGAGGUUUCUUGAAGAAAACACGACUGUCUUAUUAUUGGCUCAGCAGAGGACAAGCAGAAGAGACCCUCUUAAUGGGUUUAACAGAUACACAGGAGGCUGGAACAUCAGCAAUAAGCAUUACUGGGCGUCUGUUGGUUUUACCGCGGCUCCCUUCUUUGUCACCGCUGGUUUAUGGUUCCUGCUGUUUGGGAUAUGCUUGUGCCUUGUCUGUAUAUGUUACUGCUGCUGUCGAAAAGAGCAUUAUGGCUAUUCUAGAAUAGCAUAUGCUCUCUCUCUCAUGAUCCUUAUCUUCUUCACCCUCAUGGCAAUUGUCGGAUGCAUUGUGCUGUACACUGGUCAGGACAAGUUCCACAACAGUACAUGCAGCAUGCUGAGUUAUGUAGUGGAUCAGGCAGAUACAACUGCUGAAAACCUCAGGAAUGUGUCAGAUUAUCUUAGUGCAGCUAAGAAGAUUGGACUUGACGCCAUAGUUCUUCCGGCGGAUAUUCAGAAGAGUAUGGAUGACAUUAUGGGAACCAUAAAAAAUGUUGCCAAUACUCUUUCUGAUACAACUGAAAAGAAUUCAAAGCGUAUACAAGAUGGCCUGGAUAUCAUAAGAAUGGCUCUCAUUGUUCUUGCUGCUAUUAUGCUCUGUUUGGUCUUUAUAGGAUUUUUAUUUUCCAUUUUUGGGCUGGAAUUUCUUGUAUACUGUUUGGUGAUUAUUGGGUGGAUUCUUGUCACGGGAACAAUCAUUUUGUGUGGUAUAUUUCUCCUCGUCCAUAAUGUGUUUGCAGAUGCAUGUGUCUCCAUGGAUGAGUGGGUUCAGAAGCAACCCAAGGUUCAUACAGCCUUAGAAGAUGUACUGCCAUGCGUGAACAAAGAUUUAGCACAAGAGGUGUUUUUACGGACCAAGGAUGCAACCUUAUACACUGUGACAGUGCUCAACCGUGUCAUCAACGACGUCGCAAAUACUAAUUCUCCGACCGUCGAUGGUCCCUUGCAUUUCAAUCAGACUGGCCCACCAUUACCCCCUCUCUGCAACCCCCUCUUGGAUGAUCGCUCCGAUCGAAAGUGUAUCCCUGGUGAGGUCGAACUGCAAAAUGCCGGACAGGUAUGGAAGAAGUAUGUGUGUCAGGUUUCAGCCGCUGGUGUUUGUAUAGGUCCUGGGCGGUUGACGCCAACCUAUUAUGAACAAAUGUCAGCUUUCGCGAAUGUGAGCUAUGCUCUGUAUCGUUACGGUCCCUUCUUUCUUAACCUCACAGACUGCACGUUUGUUAGGGACGCAUUCUCGGACAUAAGCAAACAACAUUGUCCCGGUCUGCGAAUCCACAGUGCUUGGAUCUACAUUGGGUUGUUUUUGGUUUCUGCAGCUGUAAUGCUGUCCUUGAUCUUCUGGGUUAUCUAUGCCCGCGAACGAAGACAUCGUGUCUACACGAAAAAGAUUUUGUCGUCGAGAGUUUGUGGAGAAUCUGAGAUGGAGUUAAGUCAUCAGCCUCGGUCCUCCAGGUGCUCCUCCUCCUCCUCCAGGAUGAGUUUCAAGACUCCAAGGACUUCAGUAGGGUUCCAGGACAAGGCGACAUUUUAAUCAUAAACAUUUUCUUCCAUUUGCAACAACCAAAGCAAAGCAGAGCUUCCUUGUUAUUGGGUAAAAUGUGUUUUUUUGGUAUUUUUGGUAUUUUGGAUGUAUAUCUCAGUGAUUAUUUUACCCUCAAGUUUUUGGUAUCUCCUCCUCCUCCUGUGAAA